GAAGCAGCCUGCAGCAUCCACACCUCCYGGUCCUGAGAGYGCCACUCGUACCGAGAGCAUCCAAAGAACUCAGUAAAGCCACCUGGAUUCCUGCGGCUGAAGCGUAAACUUCUCACAGCGUCUGUCUUUUGGAGKCAACCCCUGAUCUCAUUCGCAUCGCCGCAGGCCGUUUCCACCAGAGACUGAUAAAGAUGCCGCGGCAGCACUCACACUGCUUUCUGCUCCUUUUCCUUACGGCUUUCCUCAUCGGGACGGCUCUGUCUCUUCCAUCAACUUCCCACAGGCGCAGGGUGAGACGUCAGAAUAUGAAAGUCCGCAUCAGCGCCUCGGGAGACACCAUCGUGAUGAAGUUCCUGCAUCCUAACACCGACACCAAGCUUGAGGGCUACAUCCUGGGAUAUGGCAGCAGCAUGUUCUCCAAACAGUUCAUCCAGCUGCCUGAGAACGGACAGCCAUACGAGACUGAGUUUGAUGCUGAACCAAAGUACCUUGUAGCUGUCCAGCCAAUCCCAGCCAAUGAGGUGAAAAAGCAGUGCAAAGGUAAAGUGGAACUGCAAAAGCCUCUACAUUUGGUCAUCGGGUCUGUGACGCCCACCUCUGUCCUCCUCUCCUGGGGGAUGCUGCUGAAAACACCCUUUGAAGGGAAUGUCAUGAAUGACUGCUUAGAAGAUGGAUUAAAUGUAGCGCAGCUCCUUAACGAAAUACAUUCUUUUCUCCUCCUGAUUAWCAAUGUUCUGUGCUGUUUCUUUUUGUCCCUGUCAGCUUCUAAAAACAGGACRAGGACCAGAGUGUUCGCCUCCAGAAUCAAAACCUCACAAACAACUCCUGCUCCUACAACAGCUGCUAAACAGAAAAUUCUGCCAACACCUGGACCAAAACUACGUGUGAUCAACAAGCAGCCUAUCGUCACACACAAACCAGGAAGAGAGGAACUAUCCAGACCUGUCUUUACUCCUUUCCCAGAGGCUCCUAUGGCUCCAAACGGCCACCCCGAAGGACUAGGUGAAGUUACCAUAGCAUCUGUGCCAGUAUACCAAGGCAAACUGGAAUACCGCCAAGACCAUCCAAAAGAAAUCCCCCCUCCUGAACUUAAAACACAGACUGAACCAAACUCAAAGCACCUGCAGCUCCCACCCCAGCCAACAGCCAAACUUCUCCAGAUUACACCGAAACCACUUGAUGAAAGCAUGUCACAGCCACAUACAACAUCCCCGAGUGACUUCCAAACCAAACUAGAACCUCAAGUUACAAUUCAGCCUGUGCAACAGACUGACUUAAUUUCACAACCUAAUAAAGAACCAAAUUUCCAAUCAGUUCCUUGGACAACACCAAUGAUUCACUCUGAACCAAAGCCACAACCAUCAGUCAAGACCAAACCACAGAACGAGCAGCUAAUCCAACUGCAAACAAAGACCCAGACCAAACUGCAAGCGCAACUUCAAACAACCACUCUUCCCCUCCCGGUGACGCAUCACGAAACCACGCAGUCAGCGCCUCUGUACGUACAGCAUGAAGAACCGGCACCGACAGAGGUCCGUCCCGAACGUCCACCUCACACAGAUACUAAUUUGUUGUUUAAAAAUCCACAAACCCCAUCACCACACUCACCAAAGACGCCUCAGACACAAACUCAGUUAAUCCAACCAACGCAGAAGCCAAAGGCAAUACUUCACCAGUCCAAGGCCACCCCACAACAUCAGCCCAAGAACCUGGGAAAAAAGCAUCAGAAAACUACAAGAAAGCCCAGAAUUAAGAACCAACGUGGUGUGGCAAACCUUCAAUCACGCCCUCAGACACAGUUUCCAAAAAAGGAUCCAUUUCAACCCAAAGAUCUACCAAAGGAGCAUCAGCCAGGAUUUCAGAUUCGGCCUCAGACCAGGACCAAGACUGAUCACUCCAAGGGUUCGUCAAGGAAGACAAUUCAUAGGGCUCCUAGUCAUCCAGAAGAGGGCAAACCUCUGUCAGGACCCGGCCUGGCCACAGAGAAGGCUGGUAGUUACAAUCUUGGUUCUGGCUCCAGCCGAUCAUCCACUGCUGAAGUUCCCCAUUCUCCCAUUAGCUCAUCGGUUCCCACAGGAGGAAGAAAUGCCACUGUGACUCGCAACCGUGAUCCUUCUCAUUCCAGUARUCCUGGUGUCAGAUCAUUUUCUCCRUCCAAGACAGCCACCUCCUCUCACACUUCCAACACACCUGGCGCAGCCAAUGGGGCACAUCAUAGGGGCAAUGCUCUUCCUAAACCUGACGCAUGGUCAAGAGAAAAACCUGUUCAGAGACCCCCUGUUCCUGGCAACAAGAGACCAAACCUGGUGGGGAAAGCAAGUGAUCACGAUAAACCUAUGGAUCUGAAGCAAAGAGGCAAGGAGUCCACCUUAAAGUCAUUYCWGCCAGUCACACCGAAGCCGAAGCCCAAACACCAGCAGCAGCAGACGACCACAGUGGUCCCAGUAGUUAACAGCAGUCGUUAUGAUCUAAAUGAAAACUCCUCCAUAUUCAGCUCCAUGCCUGCAUCAGAGGUAGACAUCAUGGGCAAGAAGCGCUUCAUAGCWCCUCAUGUCAUCUACAAGACGGACAAGAAGCCAGAUGAGCCGUGCUCCAUCACCUCCUCAAUGGCUUAUUUCCCUGAUGAGGAAAGCAGCGAUGUGAACGUCACCGGUCCUCCUCGCACACCGCCAUCCAACCUCACCGUGGUUACUGUGGAGGGCUGCCCGUCCUUUGUCAUUCUGGACUGGGAGAAAUCUGAUAAUGAAACCAGAGAGUAUGAGGUGGUAUCAACAACCACCGGACCGAAUGGACAGGAAGUGUCCAUCCUGACGACCAAUCAGACUCACACAGCCGUUGAGAAUCUCACACCAGACAGCAGCUACGAAUUCACAGUUACACCAAAAAAUGAGCUUGGAGUUGGACCAUCUAGUGAUCCUGUCACUUUUAACACAGAAUCAGCCGAUCCACGCGUAAGCGAGCAGGCAUCAGGGAAAGAUGCCAUCUGGACUCAGUUCCCAUUUAAAUCCGAUGCCUACUCUGAAUGCAACGGGAAGCAGUACAUAAAAAGGACMUGGUACAGGAAGUUCGUGGGAAUCCAGCUCUGCAAYUCCUUGAGAUACAAGAUCUACUUGAGCGACUCCCUCAAUGGGAAGUUUUACAACAUCGGGGAUCAGACGGGRUAUGGAGAAGACCACUGUCAGUUUGUGGAUUCCUUCCUGGACGGUCGAACUGGAACCCAAAUGUUGGCUGACCAGCUACCAAGCAGGCAAGGGUUCUUCAGAGCGUUGAGACAGGAACCGGUCAGCUUUGGACAGAUCGGAGGAAAGUCUCAUGUGACGUACGUUGGCUGGUAUGAGUGUGGCACACCCAUACCUGGAAAGUGGUAAAACAACAAAAAUUCCCCCUAACUGCUUUGGAUGAUGACUUUAUCGGCUGUGAGAAGGAAGACCUCACCAGACUUAAACCCUAUCUUCUUGGACCGCAAUAUCUGUUUGAGUUUUUUCCCUCCAACCUUUCAGGUGUGAACUUUUAAAGGACUAUUUCACAUACGUAAAACCUAACUAGAUUUCUAUAUUUAUGGGAGAAAAAACAAAACAAAACAAAUCUCAYGAUGGAUGACAGAACCAAAAUAACAUACAGCAUUCAUAAAGAUACUGCUGGGAAGCUGGCUCUCACACAGUAUUAACUUGUGUAAUAAUAUUUAUCGAAGGGUUAUUAAUGAACAGUCUGUAUGCAGUCAAACGUUUUGAGAUGUUGAAGGAGAAAACACUUCUCUGUCGGAGAGCACGUACUGUGGUCAUAGGUGUACAGAAAAUACUGCUUUCACAGUACAUGUACAGUGCAAAUACAUAGACAUGCAGAACGGAGCUUCUGCAGCCACUAAGGGACUAAAAUCAGUUGCAGAUUGCACAAUGCUAAACUUCUGUUCAUAUAUGUAUAUGGUGUCAAAAAUUAUAUGCUUCUCCGCUUUAAUACAUUUCUGUGGGUUUCACAAAUCUUAACCUUUAAAUGUAGGGCAGCCAAAAGUUUAGAAGCAGCAUUUGAGAUUUUUUUCUGUUUUGUUUUAAAGGCAAGUACACAUCAAAUGUAUGUAUAUCUAAAACAUAUUUGUUUUUUAAAAUCAUUAUGCAAAAUGUAAAUAACUUGAUAUUGCUCAUAAUUUUCUUUCCUGAUUUUACUUUAUUGUGCAAUUUAUAAUUCCAGCAAUAAAUCUUGUUUUUAUACUUGG